CCCCCCCAUACACCUGUAAGCUCCCCGUUGACUGCGUGCGGGCGUUACGAAAGAGAGCCCGCAACAAGAAUCAGCUGUUCGAUCGAGUAGUGUGCGCGUGUGAGUGCGAGAGGGGAAGGGGGAGAAAAAGUUAAAAGCCAAAUGCCGGGAGCCGUCGUAAACUUCACAAUUUUCCCCCAAAAUUAUAAUUAUUUGAGAAGUGAUACAUAAAAAGCGAGUUGUAAAACGGGAUCAGAAAAUGCUGGAGCAAGAGAUGGAGUUGGAGGUGGAGGCGCCGGCGGUGGAUCCCGUCGAGGCGGCCAAUCUGCUGAAGCUCAUCAAGCGGUUGCUGCUGGAGAAGGCCUACGACGGCGUGCGGAUGCUCUUCAACAGUCCGCAGGAGGCGGAGCGGAACAGCCGCCACCUGCCGCUGAUAGCCAUGGACCUGUUCCACGACGUGUGCGCCCCGAACCUCACGGACGACGUGAACUGCGAGGAGUCGGAGCUUUUUGACUGUGCGGACGAGUUGCUCAAGCUGCUGGCCAAAUACGCUCCGUUGCAGGAGCUAAUGCUGGAGCUGAUGGAGUGCGUGGGGGAGAGCAGCAGCAUCAGUGUGUUCGGAGCAUACCUGCGCGCCCUGCAGGUGCUCAUACAGCGACAAGGACGCGACAAACCUCAGGCGGUGGAGUGGUGCCUCCACAGUGUCUACAGCCGUCUGCAGGAACUGCCUUUGCCAGAAUACCUGACCGAGGGCUACGACGAGGCCCAAGCCAAACUUAUAGAACAGGAGGAGGAAGUGGAGGACCUGUUGGCCCACUAUAUCACUGUGGGGCUUUUUCGCACACCCAUUGUUACGGAAAUAGUGCAGCAGGAUGUGCGUCCGGCUGACCAAACCUUCAGGAACUGCGGACUGAACCGCCGCAACGUCUUCGCCUGCUUCUUCAUCCAACUUUUGGGCCGACCGCUGGCGCUAUUGGAGAUGGGCUCCGUAAAGGAGGGCAUGACGCGCACCUAUGUAAGGCAGGUGGUGGAGGGCUUCACCAAGGAUGCAAGCCAAUGCCUUGGCGACCCAUUUUAUCUGCUUAACCUGGUGGAACAGCGCGCCAGGUGGCAGAGGAAGCUGGAUGCCUCGAAGGGAGUCUACGAAAUGAGCAGCCGAAACGUGUUUCUAAUCGAGGAAAAGCUACCACUCCAUGCCCUGGCCAUGUACUACCAUUCGCUCUUCGUGGGAAACCAACUACCGCCCACAGCGCCCAAGAUAUAUGCACCUCUGUUUCUGUUUGAAUCGAUUGUUUACCUGGCAGAAGUCCUGCUCAAGCAGCAGGAGCCGCCGCUGCAGCAUUGUGGUCUCCGAUUGGUGGAGUAUCUCCUGACCACCCUGGGGGACCCCGUUCCGUAUGCCUCGCUGCAACUGGACGUACACAAACGCUAUUUCGAGGCACUAUGCAAAAUUGUUGGGUACUCGCCACAGGUUUCCUUACGCCAGUUGGGGAUCCAUGUGCUCCGGCAAUACGUGCUAGCCUUCGAGGACCAAGGAAAGUAUUUGAUCAUAAAGAACCUGCUGGAGACCCAGCAACACGAUGGACUGAUGGGCUACCUGGCAGGAAUGUACAAGGAUCUGGUGCACGAGGUGCUGCUUAAAUCCUCCACCAUUCCUGAAGUCUACGGCGGCAAGUUGUUCCGGGAGAUGCUGCUGCUGUGCGUUUGCGUGCUGCCACACGAUGUGAAAUCCGAUCUGCUGCUGCACUCGGAUCGCCUGUGUAGUGCUCUAAAUAUAGUGAGAUACUUUGCGAUAAAGGACAAGCAGGACGUUACAGGGUUCUGGCAGGCUCUUCCAGAGAUUGAGCGAAGAUUCCUGAUUCCGCUGGGAAAGGCCCUGGACUUUUCAAUGGCCCACUACAAGGCGUACAAGGAGCGUGUGGAGAACGGCCAGAGUGCCUCGGACGAUGCCCUAAUGCAGCGUCAGCUCAACAUGCUGGCGGUAAACAUCACCAACAGUGGAAUGGCUGCAAAAGAUGGGGACAACAACCUGCCCGACAUUGGCACCAAGGAGAAGCUCGAGGUGCUGGCCAGCUCAAUCACGGGACUGGAAUCGCUGCUGGCCCUAUACCUGCGUGCCAACGAGUGCAUUGAACAGUCCGCCCGCCAGCGCCGCAUCAUACCACCCAGCACCACGGCUUCGGAAACUUAACUUAUUCUUGCCUACAUUUUUUUCACAACAAAAGCAGAAUAUUAGCGUAAACUUUGUGUGUAAACAGAACGGAAACCGAAAUCUAAACGAAACUGAAACUGAUUCCCAAUCUGGUCUA